AAACCGAAUCCUCCAGCUGUGGCGUCCCAGGCGCCCGGCCCGGCCCAUCGCCUCGCCUGCGCCCCGGCCCGCCGCCCUGCGCCUCCCGCGGUCCCCGGCAGCCCCGCCGGGUCCCCAGCCCUGAGGAUGAACGUUUGGCUGUUGCUUGGACUUCUGCUGCUACUUGACGCGCUGGAGGAUGUUGCUGGACAACACCCUCCCAAGCACAAGCGACCAAAGGAGCAAGGAGAAAACAGAAUCAAACCUGCCAACAAAAAGGUGAAACCCAAAAUUCCUAAAAUUAAGGACAGGGACUCUGCUGAUCCAACACAAAAGAGUCCAUCUAUCAUGAUACAAAUGAUGGAUAGAGGUCGCUUCCAGAAGCCUGCUGCCACCGUGAGUCUGAUGGCUGGGCAAACCAUAGAGCUUCGCUGCAAAGGAAAUAAAAUUGAAUGGAGCUAUCCUGCAUACCUCGACACUUUUAAGGACUCCCGCCUCAGUGUGAAGCAGCAGGAACGCUACGGGCAGCUGACCCUGGUCAACUCCACUGCAGCCGACACAGGUGAAUUCAGCUGCUGGGCUCAGCUGUGUGACGGCUACAUCUGCAGGAGGGAUGAGAGCAGGACAGGCUCCACCUACGUCUUCUUUAUAGAGAAAGGAGAGCUCUUUGUGCCUGCUCCCAGUUACUUUGAUGUUGUGUACCUGAACCCGGACAGACAGGCUGUGGUUCCAUGCCGAGUGACAGUGUUGUCAGCCAAAGUCACACUCCACAGAGAGUUUCCCGCCAAAGAAAUCCCUGCCAAUGGAACAGACAUCAUUUACGACAUGAAGAGAGGCUUUGUGUAUCUGCAGCCUCAUUCUGAUCACCAGGGAGUGGUCUACUGCAAAGCAGAAGCUGGGGGCAAGUCUCAGAUCUCCGUCAAGUAUCAGCUGCUCUACGUAGAGGUUCCCAGUGGCCCUCCAUCGACAACCAUCUUGGCCUCCUCAAACAAAGUGAAAGGUGGGGAUGAUGUCAGUGUGCUCUGCACUGUCCUAGGGGAGCCUGAUGUCGAAGUAGAAUUCAGGUGGAUCUUUCCAGGGCAAAAGAUGUGAGGAGUUGAGGAGUCCCAGCUACACAUGCCUGCCAUCAUGCCUCAACCCCUCCCAGAUCCUCUCAAACUGUAACUGGAAUGGCCUCAAGAGAUCACGCAGAAAAAUCCUCUAGAAGCCUGAAAGAUUAUAUGGAUGGUGGUGGGCAAGAGAGCCACUGUGAACCCCAGCUGGACUUUGAGUACCAGAAAUGGUAAAGAUGAUCUCAAGUGGAAAUGUGUCCUGGUUUGCACUCAAAAUUGUGGGAGGAGCUUUGGAGUCUUGGUUAACCCUCAUGUCACUGACAUCACUUGGAGCAGACAAAUCAUGAGAGUCUUCCUUGAUGCUGCAUGCAAACCAAGCAGUGAGCACUCACCAGCUCACAUUUGUCCAGAGACUACACUGUAAUAAUGGCUUUCCAGCUGUAAGUACCUUCUGGUGUCCUGGCCUUUGCCUUGGGAAUUUUAGCUGAUGGGACAUAGGUGAUGGAAGUUAAGUACACACCUGAAAAGUGCUUUCACUUGAGGCACCAUAUGUGCCUCCAAGAAUGUGAAAGAUCACAGGGUGAAACCCUCCAAUCUUCUUUGCAAACCUGGUUAUUCCAGGCCCUGGAGUCACUGGCUUGCCAAGCACUGGCAUGUGAAUAAGGCUCUCUGUGACCAUCUAAUCCCAGAUGAACCACCAGCUGACCACAGAAAUGUGUCCAAUGCUCCCUAACCAGCCUAAGCCAAAUAACCAACCUAAUUGUGAUGUGUUUGUUGUAUAGUCUCACAUUAUAGGAAGUUUGUUAUAAAGAGUAACAUACACAAAGGGCAAGGACUUUAUGAAUCAUCUGCAUUUUAGUGCUAGAAGUGGAUAUUUCCACUUUUGUGACUGUCACUGCCUAUGUGUUUCCUUUUAUAAAAAUAUAUUGGCGCAUAUUUGCUGUCCAAAAUAAUGGAUUUUGUAAUGACAUUUUUGUUCAAGAAUAUCAUGUACUUUGACCAUAUUUGUCCUUCAUCUAUCCCUCUUGCUUGUGUACUUUCCCUCACUUCUAUUUUCGUGUGUGUAUGUGUGUAUUAAU